CGGGCGGCGGGCCCGGGGCAGACGGGCGGGAGCUGUGGUGGGAGCCGGUGGGGCCCUUGUGCCCGGCCGGGGCUGCAGGGUAGCUCAGGCAGCACGUGGAUCGGUGACAAGUCUGCUGAGGACUGGCAAUUUUUUCUAGCUUGAAGAAAAUUGAAAUAGGCUGAAAAUGAGUACAAUAUUGGAAACCUCUGAGCUGCCAGCAGUGUUUGAUGGGGUGAAGCUAGCUGCAGUUGCUGCUGUUCUGUAUGUUAUCGUUCGCUGCUUGAAUUUAAAAAGCCCCACUGCCCCUCCUGAACUCAUUUACCAGGACUCAGCUUUGGCUCGCUUUCUACUCAAAUCCUGCCCACUUCUGACCAAAGAGUACAUUCCACCCCUCAUCUGGGGAAAGAGUGGACAUAUCCAGACAGCUCUUUAUGGAAAAAUGGGGAGAGUGAGAUCACCACAUCCAAAUGGACAUCGCAAGUACCUGACCAUGCCAGAUGGAGCAACAGCCACCUUUGAUCUCUUUGAGCCACGCUCUGAGCACUGCACUGGAGAGGAUGUCACAAUGGUGAUCUGCCCAGGGAUUGCCAACCACAGUGAGAAGCAGUACAUCCGCACCUUUGUUGACUAUGCCCAGAAAAAUGGCUACAGAUGUGCUGUGCUCAAUCACCUGGGAGCCCUGCCAAACAUUGAGCUCACUUCACCACGGAUGUUUACCUAUGGAUGCACCUGGGAAUUUGGUGCCAUGGUGAAUUACAUCAAGAAGACCUACCCUCAGACCCAGCUGAUUGUUGUGGGCUUCAGCCUGGGUGGAAACAUAGUGUGCAAAUACCUGGGAGAGAGCCAGGCCAACCAGGAGCGAGUGCUGUGCUGUGUCAGCUUGUGCCAGGGGUACAGCGCACUCAGGGCACAGGAAACCUUCAUGCAGUGGGAUCAUUGCAGAAGAUUUUAUAACUUCCUCAUGGCAGAUAACAUGAAGAAGAUCAUUCUUUCUCACAGGCAAGCUCUUUUUGGAGAUAACAUGAAGAAGCCACAUAGCCUGUCAGAAGCUGAUCUGGGCAAGCUCUAUACAGCAACAUCACUUAUGCAGAUUGAUGAUAAUGUUAUGAGGAAAUUCCAUGGCUACAGCUCACUGAAGGAAUACUAUGAAGAGGAAAGUUGCCUGCAUUACUUGCACAGGAUCAAUGUUCCUCUUCUGUUGGUUAAUGCUGCUGAUGACCCUCUUGUUCAUGAGAGUCUUCUGUCAAUUCCAAGAGCUCUUUCAGAGAAAAAGGAGAAUGUCAUGCAUGUGCUGCCCCUUCAUGGAGGCCACCUGGGAUUUUUUGAGGGGUCUGUGCUGUUCCCAGAGCCUCUUACCUGGAUGGAUAAGCUCGUGGUGCAGUAUGCCAAUGCCAUCUGCCAGUGGGAGAAGACAAAGCCUCACUGCUCUGAUGCUGAGCAGGCUGUGUCUGGCCAGGAGUAAUCGACCCAAAGACUCUGGAUCACUUCAGUAAAUCUCUAUUUGGGAACAUCUUGUUCCCUCACCUGCUGCUUCAGGUCUCCAUUCUCCUUGAUAUCCUAUGGCUGGGGUUUGAUCACCAUGUGUUUUUUUCCAAAAUUGACUUA